CGGGACUGCCCACCUGCAGCCCCGCGCCAGCCCUGGGCAGCCGGGCGUGUACAGGGGAGCUGGCGGCGCCCGGGACCCCCGGCGCGGCCUCCCCCCUCCGGGCUCCCAUUGGCCGCGGGGCGGGACGUGCCGCCCCGCUCCAGGGCCUAUAUUAGGGCAAUAUUGCCCCGGUGGGGCGCGGUGUUGCCCCGUGGGUCAUGGACCUGGGGUACUUUGCUCUCGCCUUUCCGCCGGGGCUGCGCCGCGGGGCCCCGCAGGUCCCGUACCCCCAGCGAGGAGACGACGCCUUCCUGGCGCUGGGCACCACGGCCAGCGCCGCGCCCCCUCGGCAGGCGCUGGGGUACGCGGCCGCUCCCCCCGCGGCGCUGGGCGCCGGCUACCGGCCGUCCCGGGGAGCCGGACCGCCGGGCUACGCCACGUCCAUCCUUCCCGGGAGCGGCCGCCCGCCGCCGCCGCCGGACCCCGACCGCCCCUGCCUCUGCCUCGGCGCGGGCGGCGGGGGGCUGCGGCACCUCUCUCCCUGCCCCGGGGCCGCCCCCGCGCCCGGCUCCCCUACUCCCGCGGCGGCCCCGGCGGCGCCCCGCACCUUCGAGUGGAUGCGAGCGAAGCGGAGCCCGCCCGGGAGAAGCGGUGCGGCGCCGUGCGGGGGGGAACCUCCCGCCUGCCCCGCACGCACCAGCUUCAGCACCCGGCAGCUCACGGAGCUGGAGAAGGAGUUUCACUUCAGCCGGUAUCUGUCGCGGGCCCGGCGCCUCGAGGUGGCCCGCUCGCUGCGCCUCCGCGACGCCCAGGUGAAGGUCUGGUUCCAGAACCGCCGCAUGAAGCAGAAGAAGCGAGAACGGGAGGCGCUCGCCGCCCCCGCCGCCGCGCCCGCGGGUGUCCCGGGCGGCCCCGAGUGAGGCUCCGCCGCCCCCACGGCGGGGCCCGCGGGGACGUCGGGGCUGGGCUGGAAGCUGCGGCCGGCGGGGUACCCGGGUGUCCUUUCAUGCGGGACUGCUGCGGUGCAGUUCCGCUGCUUUUUCUGUUGCAACUUUAUGUACAGUUUUAUUUAUGAGGAUUCAGGGAAAAUCGCCGGCCCGGAGCGCCUCUGCUCGGUGUCGGACCGGGCCGAGGCAGCGGGCGGACGCAGCUGGGAGCCAGGGGAGAGCGCUGCUCCCCCAGGGCAGGGCAGUGAGCGGCUCUGCCAACUCCCCUGGGUUCAGUGGGCGGUGGGUGCGUGGAAGGGCUGCCACACGCUCCCGACCUUUUCUUCGUUUUGCAUUUAAAAAGACAGACCCAUGGGCUCGAGGAGAGUUGGUGCAGAAGGGGAGAAACCCAAAGAAAGCGGAGCAGGGAAACUUCCUCUUACGGGAAGGGUCAGGGAUGGUCAUGGCAUGAGUCCAAGAUCCCCUUUUGAAAGAAGUGUCCUUGUCUUCUGCCCUGCCCUUUGCAAGAUUGCUGCAAAAAAGAGGCGGUUUUUGCUUGUAUUUAUUUGUCAUUCAUUCAUUCCCAUUCCUUUUCCUGAUGUGGCUGAUUUAGUCAAAAAUCUGGUUUUGACAGAAAAAACUACGAGGUAAAAUUUAAAAACAAAUAAAGUCUUAAGAGGAGCAUCUCUUCCCUUUCAAACUGCAGAGGUGCUGGAAUUUCCCUUGCAGAGGCUCUGGGUGGCCCAAGACUGGCCAGCAGCCACUCUGUUGCCUCCCAGCUCCCUUCACAUGUCCCUAGACAAUAUAAAGCCUCUUACAGCAUCUAGGGCCAGACUCUCAGUUCAUCUAGCUCUCUCAGUCUUCAUUGUACUUAUGGCUAAAAAAUUGCAUCAUAUUAAAUAAGUUUGCAACAAAUCUCACCACAUGCAAAAUCUCAAGACCUGUUAAAGCUCAGAAAGAUCAUUGAGUUUGACCAAAGACUAAAAGGACAAGAGGAUUCCUGGGUCUUUUACUUGGAUACUUGCAUAAAAAAGAUUGGCAAUGUUCCCAUCAAUAAAAUAAUGGUAUCAAAGUGGAGAAAGGAAUUGAAUUUAGACUUUUUUCCCAUUUGUGACCGGGAAAGCAUAACAGCAAUGUAGAGAGGAAUGACAUAUGGAUUUAUGUGAAGGUGAUUUUAUUUAUUUGUGGACAGGUCUUUUAUUUUGGACAAGUCUCUUUUUGCCCUGGAUUUCUGCUGGGUAUUGGACUUUGGGGUGAAGAACCAAUUAUGGGUCCAGGGGAGACAGACCUCAAGGGGACCUGUGAAAUGCACUGGGUCCCUGUCUGGAAGCCAGCCCCAGACACCAACAGCUGUUUGUCUUUGUUGGAUGCUUGCUGGGUAAAACGAGCACAGAGAGAAGAUGAAGAUGGAUGUCUCAAGUCAGAAAGUCUGCAACACAGAAGAUUGUUACUCUCUGUAAUACUUUCCAUUCCCUCAGGUGCCCUUCUGCUUAAGGCUUUCUUCUGAAGACUUCUGCUGAGGGACUGGGAAGCCACUGCUGAUGGAAGCUUCAGCAGAGGUUGGUGGGAGCCCUGGGAAACUACUUCCAAAAGCUGGGCAGGCAAGUUGUGAUGAUGUUGUGGCAACAGGUCAACAGCUAAAUGGGGGCAGGAGCCUCCUUGGCAGGGACAUGGGUGUUCCCCCCAGUGAACAUCCAAAGGAAGGGACUUCCCAAGACAGAAGUGUUUGGUCACAUGUCAUAUCCUGACUGUACUGGCAAAGGACAAUAAUGCUAGAGGCUCAUGGUUGUGCAUGCACACAGGCACAUUUUUGUUCUGUAUAUAGUGUUAUGGUUCAUGUCCCUUGGGCUGGUUCACUUCAUGGGAUAGCCCUAAAAAUUCCCAGGGUUGAAGUACUCAUGUGAAACUAGUUGCAACCAAAAUAUGUGGUUUGCAGUUCUUCAUUAAAGUAAUGACACCAAAUAAGCAUUUAUACUGCAGGCUGAUCAUUCAUUAAAAACAAGAAAUAAUACUUCUGCCACCUUUUUCUUUUUUUUUUUUUUUUGAGGGUGCUAUUUAAAGCAAAAUAAAGCAAAAUGUGGUAAAAUUAAUGAAAAUUUGAAUAAAUCAACUUUGUUUAGCAAGUUGAAUUUUAAAGGCAAGUAAACUAACCAUCUCUUUUCUGCAGCUGUCUUAAAGGUGCAUUUUGCGAACUCCUCUGCUACUACUCUUUGGGUUUUUUUUUUUCUUAAUACUACAAGUGAGCAUAGACAUAUAGCCAGAAUAACCCAUCUUUCUCAGAACAUAUGUUUCACAUACAAACUUUAGAAAAUAGCUGUAUUUUCAGUUGCCUCCAAAUUCGUCACAUGUCUAUGGGGUUGCUUGUUUGUCAGCCUUUUAUUUUCCUAGUAAUUUUGACAUUUGUGCCAGGCACUUUAGGUCAGAGGAAUGCUUUCUAUACUGCUGGCAUGCUCCUGCACUACCAACAUGGAAAGAAAGAUUCUCAUUGAUUUCAGUGAUGCUGGAUCAGACCAUUAGAGAACACUAAGUCUUUUACAAUGAAUGUUUUCAUGACAUAUAUUGUCCUGAAUAAAUAAAUAUAUGUGCUGGCCUUGUAGCAGUGCACAAUUCUGUAUCCAUCAAAAUGACACAGACUGAAUACACGGAGAUUUACUCUGAAAUUAAGAUGAAACCUUACGACUCUUUUAUGGCAGUCUGAAUCAAUUUAGUGGUAUGGACAUAACUAUAUUCUGUCUUAAGAACCAGAACUUAGUAUUAAGUGUAAUUUCCGCUCACGUGACAGGGCCAGUUUAAUAGGAUCUUUCUCUUCACACACAGUUUUAGCUGUAUGAGGAUUAGAUAUUGCUCCUUUGCACUAUUCUGUCAGCAAGAUAUCCAGAGGAAGGACCUAAUGCAAGUCACGUGCCAAUUCUUGAAUAAUUAAAUAAAAAUGCCUGUGAUAUCCAUGGGUGCACACAUGAGACAAAUAAAUGAUAGAUAAGGUCUAAGAUUCACUCAUUUAACAUUAAUCCCAAGAGUUGUGUCUCACACAUGCUCAAUUUGAUGCCUAGCAGUUGGAAACAGGUUUUAGAUUUGGCAGCUAGAGGUAAGAGCAUAAGGUGCAGUUUUCACUGCAAUCGGAGAAAAUAUUCCAGACUGGACUCAGUAGAUACCCACCACCAUAUAAUUUAUUGCAAAUUAUAAAACUACUAUUUCCUGGCCUUAAUUUUCCUCAGCCACCAUCAGAAACCUCAGAAAGAUCAUUCUCUUUCAGUCAUAUAUUAAUUUUUGCCUACUGACUGUUGCUCAAAGGGCCACAGGCUACAAAGGGAUAUGAACAAAGUAAUUUUUUAUGUGUUUCCAUUUUGCCUGAAACAGAACAAAAAUAUUGAUUUGGAAGGCUUCCAAGAGGAAAAAAAGUUGUUAAAUUACUGUUCCUACGUGGCAUAUGUGAAGGUAGAGAUUUCAUAUUCUUUGGACAGGUAACUGAUAACAGAAAAUUGCACCUCUUUGAAAACCAAGCUUAGGUAAGAACCCAGGCUUGCUUGGGUAUCUGGCUUCCCAAGCGGAACAGAUUUAGUAUGUUACUGCUUGGAAUUACAGCAAAGGGAACACUUUGCUGAGGGUCAAACCAACGACUCUGUUUUAUGGUAUGAGCUGCAUAUCCAAAUUUAUUUUGACCGUGCAAGUAGCCAACAGUAAGAUAGAAAACAAAAAUACGCAACCCAGUUCCUAUAUUUUAAUCUCCUUUUAAAAGUGUCCCUCUCCUUUAUUUAUGGUACAACCUGGAACUGUGGCUUAUGCAAAUAAUGGUACAGACUACAAGCAGAGGAGAACAGACUACUACUACUUCUAAGAAAAAUCUUUGUAGUCAGAAUUACAAAAUGCAAACACCUCUUUGGAGUUCCAAGAACUUGUCUUUAACAGCUAAGAAUCAUACUUAUGAUUUGUCCUGCACUGCUCUGUCAGCCUAAGUUCCAAGGAACCCCCAAGAAUGCUUGCAAAUCCCUGGUGACUGAAGAGAAGUGGGUAUGGAGAGAAACCCCAAAUGAGACAUGGCUGUUACCAGUUUAUCAAUAAGAGGUGACUGAAGUUUAGGGGACACACAUUUUAUUCUAUUUGCAAUAUAUGGCUAUAUACAGCUGUAUGUUUAUGUGAUUCACUCAAUCUCAACCAUGGUUUUUUCAUGAUUUUUCCUAGUAUCAGUGAACUAAGGAGUCUUUGCCUAAGGAAAGUCACCUUGAUAAAGAAAGGUGAACCAAAUGACAAAUCAUUCUCCUCCCUAUCAUAACAAUAUCUGUUAUUCCACGACUACUUAACCACAUCUCUAAAAUGUGCCUCAGAUAAUUCUGGAAAUUAUAUAGGGAAAAGACACUUCACAGAGCCAGUGUCUUACUGUAGUUUAGCUUUAUCUGGAAGCCUUUUGCUGUUCUUGAUCAUCAGCCAAGCGAACAAAGUAACCCUCAGCUGUACAAUAUAUAAAUCUUCCUUGGCUGUUAAAGCCAAUUUACUCUUGCACAGAAUGUUAAAAUCUCAGAUGGAGAUACAGUCCCGACACCUUUUUGUAAACUGUACAAGGCUUCCUUUAUAUUGAAAAACUUUAGACCACUGGUCCACAAAAGAGCUUUUCAUAAACAAUUUUGGUACUCUUGUGGGUUUUUUUCCUCAAAAGACAACAGCCACUGGUGAUUAGCAGAUUGAAAACCAGCAGUUUAAGUAAACAAACAAACACAGGAACAAAUCCAGUCAGUUUCUUUUCUACUAGCCUAGCAGACUUCCUACCACCUGGAAAACAGAUCUCUUUUACUAUGCUUCAUCAGCAAGCAUAGUGUUGCAAAUAGUAACUCAAAAAAAAAUUUCAUUUUAUUUUGAAAAAUGUGGCAUUUUUAACCAGGAUGGCAUAUUAUGUCUUAUGAAAGUGUUUAACAGGUCUAACUCAUUCAGUCUGGCCCGUGGCCCUGACCUUAGAGUGAUACCCCUACACUGACCAGCAUGGGGGACAUACCUAACCUGGGUGCUUGAGCCCUUACACAGAGAACAAAGACCUUUGCAAUGCAUCAAUUCAUGCUGCUGUGGGUGUGCAUAAAAUUACACACAGGUGUGAAUUCAGUGGAUCAGGAGACCUGCUUCUGUGGGGCAAAAGGAACCAUUCCUUCUGCCCAUGCAGCCAAUGAAAACCACCUGAAACCCAGUAAUAUGAUUUUGGUGACAUUAGUAUAGCAGGAGAAUCUGAGAGCUAAGGCUUUCCUGCUAUUACUCUUCAUCUUAAUGGCUGUGCUACACUAAAUCUACAUUCCUAAUGCCUCUUUUUAUGUUCCUUUAACAAGUAAGCUAGAUUAAACACUAUAAAGUUUAGAGUGGUAUUUGAAAAUAGAUAAAAAUAUCAGUAAAUUUUUUAAUGACUAACUCAGAUCUGAUUUUGCACAGUUACUGUUCAGAUAAUGGAAACAGUUUCUAAUCCUGGCAAUCUCUAGUAUUAGAUCCAUAUCUUAAGCAUAGAUAUUGGUAUAAUUAUUUUUAAUAUGUAGACAUUUAUAGAUUUAUAAAUUACAAAAUUUAUGUGGAGUGACAUUUUCUUCAACAUCCAAGUGUAUCAAAUCCAAUGAUAAUUAUCAAACAGUGUUAAAAGCCUAUCAAUAAAAUAAUCUAUCUUUCCCUUUAGAAAUCCAGCCAAGUAAAAGUGUAGUAGGUACACGACACCAAUGAGCUAUCAAACCCAUUUUCUCAUGCUAGAGAGACUAGACCUCAAACCGUGCAUGUAACAGGGUGACAUCUUCUAAUAGGUCCAAGAUUUUGUAAAAUUUUGUAAUUGUAACCAGCACUGUGAGCACUGUGAGCACUGUGACUUUCAUUUCAAUGUGACUAGGCAGAAAGUUAAAAAAAAUGGGACAGGACUGGAUGAACACUCUUAAUGUCACGUCUCACUUAAGAAAUGGACCACCUGGUGCUUCUGGUUGCCUUUCAAAUGUAGUACCAAAUCAAAUAGAUAGAUUUGGUAAUCUGAUUUGGGACUUUAAAUGCGUGAAUUGUUGCAGCAAGAGUUAUACAAGAAAAUGGCUAUGACAAGUCUGGUGUAAUUAUAAAUGUGAAAGAAAAAAAUAAAUCCAAACAAGAAUAAAAACAUUACAUCCUGUC